AUGUCUAAGGAUGGUCUCUGCCAGAGGAACUUAAGCAACAUGGAGAAACAAAAAGGUUGGGAUAGAGAAGUCAUAGGAAGUGUCGGAAUUUCUUCCGCACCACCUGAUAAUGUUUGCCUGCUAAAUGUAAAUUUGGAAGAUGAGAAUGACAAUGAUACGGCCAGUGAUUCAGAACUCAAUCAAGCAAACAUUGCCAGUAUGGUAAAGGAGAUGAACUUGGUUUCCUUACAGAAGUUUGGAGGCAUCCAAGGAGUAGCAAAGGUUCUACAUACAGAUUUGAACAAAGGAAUUGAUGAACGAAACCUACGCAUCUAUACAGCCAACUCACUCUCCCCAACAGAUCAGGCUAGUCCUGGGCGCGGUUUCAUAAAAAUUCUUAUAGGAAAUCUCAAUGAUGUCUGCAUUAUCAUUCAACUCACCAUGGGGGCAGCAUUGGCUAUUAUCUUUGGUGCUAUUUUUCGCCAAGAGGGUGCUUGGGAGAUCGGGAUCAUCAUCAUUGUUUCCGUUAUUUUUCUACUUGUGCUUCCUCCUUCUCUAGAUGAAUUCUUAUCUGAAAAGAUCACAAUGAUUUCAGGACAGGAAAUACCAUUGGGCAUUCAACGAGCAAAAGUUUAUGUCAUCAGAGGGCAGGGACUGAGACAGGAAGUACACAUCGGGGAUAUCUUCGUGGGUGACAUAGUAUGCCUCGAGGAGGGGUAUCGAGUCCCUGCAGAUGGCAUGUUGGUGUCUGGUGAAUUCCUAAAACUAGAUGAUGGUUCUACCAUAGAUGAUCAGAAGCCAUUUCUCUUCUAUGGUGCAAAGGUUAUUGAUGGAGAAGGUCGCAUGCUAGUUACAUCUGUGGGCAAGAACACGAGAUUGGGUCAUUUGAUGAGCCAGGUAACCCAUUUCCCUGACAAGAUCCCCGGUGCUGUGGCUAUUUACAAGGUGAAUACUAUAUCCCAAAUAAUGGGGUUGGUAUUCACUUUUCUCAUCGCAACAGUACUUUUCAUCCGUUUUAAGCUUGGAGAUGAAGAUGUCCAGUCUAACAUACCAGUGCUUAAGGCGAAAACAACUAUGUUAAACAAAGUAAUCAACAAGAUUUCCAUGAAUGCCAAUGGAAUAAUAAAGAUCUUUGCUACGUCACUAGUUGGAAUAAAGGGAGGAAUGCCAUUGGUAAUCAGAUGCGCCAUUGUUUGGAGGAUGAAGAAGAUAUUAUCUGAUAAGGCCUAUAUUAAGAGACCUUUGGCAUGUCUUACCAUGGGUUCAGUCUCUACUAUCUGCAUUAACACCAUUGGUCUAGAUCAUGUUGCAGUUGACGAGGACAUGAAUGGAAUAAGAAAAGCUAUAGAAUGUUUAAAAAAUGUUGGUAUAAACGUCAUAUUGGUUUCAGAAGAUAUUGUGUCGGUUUCAGCUGACAUAGCUAAGAAUUUUAGCAUGCUUCUUGGCUCGAAUGGAUUGGUGCUUGAAGGUAAAGAGUUUCGAAAUUACAGUGAUGAAGAGAGGAUGAGUAAAGUCGAUCGCAUCAAAGUCAUGGGAUGCUGCUCACCUUCUGACAAGCUCCUUCUGGUGCAGUGUUUAAAGGAAAAGGGCCACGUAGUGGCAAUGGUUGGGGGUAGAACAAAUGACGUUCCAGCAUUGGCAGAAGCAGAUGUGGGGAUUGUGAUGAAGGCCAAUAGCAGUGAAAUGGCCAGUGGAAGUGCUGACAUUAUCAUCAGAGAUUCCAAUUUCGGUUUAAUGGUCGCAGACGUUGUAAAGCUGGGAAGGAGUAUAUAUAAAGGCACUCGGAAGUAUGUCCCAUUUUUGCUCACCAUGAGUGUUGUAGGGCGGCCGUUGAUGACUACCAUCACAGCCUGUUCUUUGGAAUAUUUUCCAAUUUCAAUAAUUGAACAACUAUUGGCGAACUUUUUUGUGAGUUUUCUAAGUGCCCUUGCAUUGCUAACUGAGCCACCAACAGAGGAACUGAUGAAAAAGUGCCUAAGGGUACAUACAACAACAUUUUUCAACAAGGCAAUGUGGAGAAAUCUUGUCUUGCAAGUUAUUUACCAGACUACCAUCUUAGUUAUGUUCCAAUUCAAAGGCCAAGCCAUCCUGAACAUCAGCCAGAAGGUUAGUAAUACUAUUAUCUUCAACAGCUUUGUAAUUUGCCAAGUAUUUAACCUAUUCAAUGCAAGGGAGAUGGAGAAGAAAAACGUGUUCAGGGGUGUUCUUCAUAACGGAUGGUUUUGGGUGGCUGUGACUGGUAUUCUGGCAGUCCAGGUGAUUAUUUUGGGGAUUGAAACUCGCUCCGUUAGCAACCCAAUAUGGAAUUUGGUGCCGUGGGUCGUCCCUUGUUUAAUUGGAAUGGGGAUGUUGGCUAUUGAUUGGGCUUCAAAAUUUAUAUUGGGCUUCAUCAUGGAUUGA